GAGGCGGGGUAAUAAUCCAGGGCGAACACGUUUGGCGGCGGCAUGCCACCAGGGGGCAACGUUCGCAGAUCAAGAUCUGCACGUAGCCAAGCUCAUCAUCUCAAAACCCAUCUCCUAGCGAUUCGCGAUUCGAUUUGGAGCCAGUCGGUGCGGUGGUGGCCCAACCAGUUGGCUCUCAUUUCGAACCACAUUUCGCACCGCCAGAGAGCCAGCCAGCCCCCUGACUUAAAUGGUCUGCCCGCUGGCCAGGUUUAUCCAUUCGCAGACUCACCGCCGACCGACCAUGAUCUUGCGGACGACGACAACACCACUCCAGCAACAGCAACAGCUUCAGCUUCUGCUCUUGAUGCUCCUGCUGCCGGCCAUAACCAUGGCCAAGACAGUGAAUCCCACUGGUGAUCCGCUGCAAAUUCAAAUCCAGCCGGAGAGGGGACUGCCGGAGCCCAGGGCCUAUAUGCCAGAUGCCCAGCAUCUGGACUUUGUCUACCACGAUCACGAGGAGCUAACGAGGUUUCUAAGAGCUACUAGUGCCCGGUAUCCCAAUCUUACGGCUUUGUACUCCAUUGGCAAGUCGAUCCAGGGCAGGGAUCUUUGGGUAAUGGUGGUCAGCUCUUCGCCGUAUGAGCAUAUGGUGGGCAAACCGGACGUCAAAUAUGUGGGCAAUAUCCAUGGCAACGAGCCCGUGGGUAGGGAGAUGCUCCUCCAUCUCAUCCAGUACUUUGUGACCAGCUACAGUUCCGAUCAGUAUGUCAAGUGGCUGCUGGAUAACACGCGGAUUCACAUAUUGCCCACCAUGAAUCCGGAUGGUUAUGCUGUGUCCAAGGAGGGCACCUGUGACGGCGGUCAGGGAAGAUAUAAUGCCCGUGGCUUUGAUCUGAAUCGGAAUUUCCCCGACUACUUCAAGCAGAACAACAAGCGAGGCCAGCCGGAAACGGAUGCGGUGAAGGAUUGGAUAUCCAAGAUACAGUUUGUGCUGAGCGGCAGUCUCCAUGGUGGCGCCUUGGUGGCCAGUUAUCCCUACGACAAUACGCCCAACUCCAUGUUCCAGACCUACUCGGCGGCGCCGUCCCUAACGCCCGACGAUGAUGUGUUUAAGCAUUUGUCCCUGGUCUAUGCCCGCAACCAUGCCAAGAUGUCCCGUGGCGUGGCCUGUAAAUCAGCGACGCCGGCCUUUGAGAAUGGUAUUACGAAUGGCGCCGCGUGGUAUCCACUGACCGGCGGAAUGCAGGACUAUAACUAUGUGUGGUAUGGCUGCAUGGAGAUCACCCUGGAGAUAUCCUGCUGCAAGUAUCCGCCUGCCUACGAGCUCAAGAAGUACUGGGAGGACAACCAGCUGUCAAUGAUUAAAUUCCUGGCCGAGGCUCAUCGAGGAGUCCAGGGUUUUGUAUUCGAUCCGGCGGGCAUGCCCAUCGAAAGAGCCUCCAUUAAGAUUAAGGGUCGCGAUGUGGGCUUCCAGACCACAAAGUACGGCGAGUUCUGGCGCAUCCUGCUGCCGGGUUACUACAAAGUAGAGGUCUUUGCCGAAGGCUUUGCCCCGCGUGAGGUGGAGUUCGUGAUUGUGGAGCAGCAUCCUACGCUGCUCAAUGUGACGCUGCAGCCCUCGAAGUACCUGGUUGGAGGUUCAUCCUCUACCACCCAGGCCUCCUCGGGGAAAAGGCGCGUCAAUGGCAAGCUGCAGUUGUCCACCGAUUAGGUCCAAAUCCCAUCACAAGGAGCCUCAGCCGAUCGAGAGAGCGUCGAGGGUGGCUUGUAAAUACUAGCUGAAGUGCUUUAGUUUUUACUAACCUCAUUAACCUUAUGGUUUUCAAGUUCCUUUCAGAAUUCUUUCUUGAUUUCUUUUCUUAGUUCCCUCCCUAGUUCCUUCCCGAGUUCCUUAGUUUCCCCCACACCGAUUCUGGUAAAAGGACCUUCCCUGAUGCAAGGUUUCCUCCUCUCCCUCUCUAUCUCUCUCCUAAUUUAAGUGUUGUUGUUGUUAAUAAUAAUAAAAUGUAAAAGAAAACCGA